AACAAGGCCGCCACAUCAUGCGGCUGUCAUAGCGAAAGGCCACGAAGUGGUCGGUAAUUUGGACGCUCUUCUUCAAGCUGACUGCCACGAGUCUGGCAUCUUACGCCGGUUUCUGAACCAUAAUAUCUGAUACUGCCCCAUUUCUCACCAGGGCGGAGCGCCACCAAGCAUAAGCCACCAUCCAGCAGACCAGCACCGUCCAUCUGCAGCCUUACCAGGCUGACAGGCGCUGCAGUCGGCCGCAGCCGCAUUUCAGCCGCCGCCAUGGCCCAAUCUCCGCUAUCUACACCGAAGAGGAAGCGCAGCGAGAUGCUCAUUGAUGGGAUACCUACGCUAGACACAACCACCCAGUUCACCUUUGAUCUCAGUUCAUCUCAGGAGGAUGGUAGUGCGAGCCCUCGCACUCGGGUCGCACACCGGUUCCGUGGUCUCGCACUGGGAGGCGAAAGCGGGGCCAAUGGACCCCCAGCGGCCGUGAAGACAGUGGACGACGAUGUAGCAGCCGGGUCGCGGAAACGGAUCAGGCUCCCAGAGGUUGAGAUGCAAGAUCCUGAUCCACCCCCACCAACCUCGAUCCCGGAAUCCCAACCCUCAGAUCUCCCAGUGGAUCAAUCCAGCCCGGGACGACGAGGGAGAUCCCCCAACUCCGUCCGCAUUGCCAUCGACGAUGCUGUAGUUGAGCAAUCCGAGACGGUAGCCAACACCGGCAUGGACGCUGACGCCAGACCACCACCCCAGCCCCGCUCCCAAACCCGCCCGCGCGCCUCUCGACGAGCCGGGACUCCGCCAUUAUCAACCACGACCAAACCCAAGUCCAAAUCCAAAUCAACCUCCCCCUCGCGCCCAGCAAUAACCGACCCGCUCCGCGCCUCGCUGACAUGGCACGACGACGAGAUCACCAUCUACGACCCGGACGACUCGGACGACGACGGCGCGGGCAUCAACGGCAUCGGGUUCAAGCCGACGCCGGCCAUUGCCUACGCGCGGACGGUGCGCCGCCGGCAGCAGCUCGCCGAGUACAGGAAGCGGGAGGAACGGGAAGCCCGGGCGAAGAGGAGCCUCAAUCGGCGGCGGGGGCGGGGUGAGAGUCCUGUGCCGUCGGCGCUGGCCAUGGAGACGGCGGCGGGGAGGAAGGAAGGGAAGGCGGAGCGGAGGAGGGUCCGGUUCUUGGAGAGCCAGGUGGGGCGGAACUGAUUGGGUUGUGAAUUGCGCUCUGGGAAGGGAUGGGGUGGUUACGUGGGGUGGGAUAUAGUGCCAUGGGGAAUGAUUUGACGUGGCUCAAUCUUUUCUGGUAUUCUGGGAACUUGCUGGCCUAUUCAGGGGUUUCCGCUUAAGGGGCGGCGUUUACGGCAGCGGCGUUUUGGCUGGCGACGGUUGGAUAAUUGACUUGGCGUGUGCUAUGGGCGGUUGGCAUUUCUCUGGGAUGUUGGGAUCCGGGGCUUGGACCACCUGGACGUGGCUUCACGGGUUAUAAGUACAUGGCGUCGACUUCAGAAUUGAGCUUUGUGUGCCCCCAUAGCGGCACUUGACCGGUGGUUUCCAAUUCAGGAGAUUGCAUUGUACAAUACAGGACGCAAUAAUCACCCCAAAUAAGGU